CGUGUAAUCCGCCAUUUUGAGAUCUCUCAUCUUGCCUUUGUUUAGAAGCAAAACAUAAAUCGGAGAUAGAUUUAUCUAAUAGGCACAGAAUGUCUAAACUAGAUCAAGUGCUACAGAUAGAUCCAGCUCAUGAAUUACAUUUUAAAGGUAUGUUGAACUGAAUUUUAUGUUAAAACUUUGCCUUUUGUUUGUACUCUUGUAGUUUGUCACAUCGAAGGGUUAUAAAUAAAUAAAUACAGACUGGACGGUUCAGGACUCGAAUGUAGGAAAUCAAAAGGCAACCAUUUUGCUUUACUGUUUGUUCAACCGAGAGUUUUACUGUUUGUUUCAUUUGAGCAUUAUAAAGCCACUAAGCUAGUUGGAAACUUUCAAUUCACCAUAGGGGCAUAGGCCUCCCAAUGUAGGACUGGGCAAGAAAAACUUGGAUAUGAGUUUAAUUUUAAUAGCAGCGUUGAAAACUCCAUUUCGUCUUGGGUUAUAGACUUUUUCCAUGAAGGGCGGAAAAUGAGCUGACAAUAUGGGAUUACCAGAUAAAGGGAAUGAAAAGUAACUUUCCUUUGUGCAAAGUAGACAUUAACUGGGAUUGUAAAGGGGUUGGAGGAAUGGGAAGUGGACAAAGAAAAUAUUGGACAAGUCCCAGUGUUGCAGUUUGUAUCGCACAGCGGAGAUAUCGGCCAUGCAAUUUUGAUGCUUUCUAUAAUUUAUUAUUAAAUUUUUCUAAAUCUCUAUCAUGCAAUUUCCACACUUUCCAGUCUGUGCCCGGACUCAAUCUCACAAGGGUCAGUAUAGUAAUGUAUAUGAUAGUAACAAUAUGUCAUAAAUUACAAAGUUUAAAAUGAAAUUGACUUGCCUAUUUGAUAGUGUGUGACAGUUCUCCUUGUAUUCCUCUUUUGUUGGACUUUAGAAUAUUUUGCGAGACUUUGCACUUGAUGGUACUAAUAUACAUACUACAUCAUAAAGGCAAACUACUUACAAUUGUCGAUCCGUCUGCACGGCACUUUGAAUUGAAAAUUCUCCCACUCAAAUCGCAUUAUUCUCCAAAACAAUUAGUCCGGAUGUAGAACAGAUGACUUUCUUCGAAAAUAGGGAGAUACUUUGGCGAGAUGUACAAGUUUUGGACCAAAUUUUUUAACAAUGGAAAUCAAAACUCAUUUUAUAUUGAACUUACAAAGACCGAUGAUUACUACAGCGAAUGCCUGGGCAACCAGGCCUCCUUUUCUGUUGGGAUUUACAGGGGGGUUUACAUUAAUUCGAAAUAUGAUUGUUACAUAAAAGUAUAAGUUGGAAUAUGAUAUAUAGACAUCAUAAAUUGUUUUAAAUACAUUUCUUAUUAUAACGUAUGUGAUAUAUACAGUCCAACAAUACAUUGUUUCCCAUUGUACUUCCCACUUUUUGGUAUUUGCAUGCUGUGGGCAUGUGGCGUCCUCCUCCCAUGGUAGUAAUUGUAAGUUCAAUAUAAAAUGGGUUUUCAGAGAUGUAACUUAACACUUGCCUGCUUGUCCGGCGCAAGUGAAUAUCAUGACAGGCAAGUAAACGUUUUGUCUUGCUUGCCAGAUUGGGCAAGUUGCCUUGCCACAAAAAGCUGGGCAUCUUGGAGUUUAAUAUUUAUAUUUUCAUUGUUAGAUAUAAAUUUUUUAUAGUGCAUGUACUUGAUUCAAAUUUUGUUUUUUUGUGGUCCAAAGGUAGAUCUGAGGCAGUAUAAAAUAUGGCUAUAGAGCAGUGGGAGAACGGGUUGACAUGUUGUCCUGUUAAUUUACUGUGUACCCCCUACCUAGAUACCCCAGUGGGCCAUGGUAAGUGAAUUUUAUUCAGGGUAACUAAUUUUCAUGUCUAACUUGCCCUGAGGGCAAGUGGUCAAAAAAGUAAAGUUACACCACUGGUUUUUAUUUCCAUUGUUAAAAAAUGGUCCAAAACUUGUACUCUCACGGAAGAACGGCAUCUGUUCUACCUGCUGGCAAAUUUUUUUCGAGAAUACACCGAUCCGAGUGGGAGAAUUUAUAUUCAAAGUGCCGUGCAGAUGGAUCGACAAUUGUAAGUAGUUUGCCUUUAUCAUACAGUAUGUAUAUUAGUGCCAUCAAGUGCAAAAUCUUGCAAAAUAUUAAUUAGUCCAGCAAAAGAGGAAUAAAAGGUGUAAGCUCUAACACCAUUGACAUGCACAAUGAAACCAAGAUGGUAUAUUAAAGCUCACGGGUGAGCACAAUUUGAGACUGACGAAACUCGAAUGUAAUCGUAUAAUAAGCAAAACUUGUAAUAGAAACGCGAAACUAUAACGUGAAACGUGGUUCGACUAAAUAGAAAUGAAUAUAAUUUACCUAAAUUAAUACUAAAUACUUAACUUAGCACUAACGCAACUAAACAAUAAACUACAAGCUGUCCUCUCUUUAUGAGUGUCUCAAACUAUACUGCCGAGUUCUGGGGCUAAGCGUGCUUUUUCCAUGCAAAAACGUAAUUAACUACUGACAUCGGUCUUAAAAACAUAAAUUUCUUGUGAUAAGGAUAGUCGACCAUAAAUUUCCUGUGAUAAGCACAGUUGUCAUUACUAAUAAAACACAAAUUGACAGUUCCAAUCCUACAAAAGGAGAACACACACUAUCAAAUAGGCAAGUCAAUUUCAUUUUAAUUUUAUGACAUAUUUUUACUAUAAAUUAUAAUUACAUGACUAUUACCGGUACUGACUAGAGCUGUGCGGUUCCAAAAAUUUUAUCUCGGUUCUGGGAUUUUUUGGAACAGAAAAACCUUGGUUCGGUUCGGUUAUUUUCAAAAAAGAAGAACAGUACAAAUGUAUGAACUCAUUUAUGUAUGUUUCGAGCAUUUUACUAAAUAGAUGAAUUUAUGCCUUUGUAAGUUUGUAUAAAUCUCUGAAUAUUUUAAAAGAACAAUUCGAAUUUAUUUGUGAACAUGAAAUAUUUCUUUUUUAAAAAAAAUUAAAGCAAGUGCACAACAAUAACACAACUACUGUAUGUCUUAGGGGCUGUUUACAUGAGCCCGGUUUGCAGGGCUGGCUCGCUUAAACAGGGCGCCCGGCUUCAUGGUAAUUUCCAACACAAAGCAAUUUUACUUUACAUGACAAACCGGGCCAGCCCGUUUAGCUGGGAUCCCACUUGACUCAAACGGGGCGCCCGGUCAGCCGGGAUGAAAUUUCUCCAUGUAAAGUAUCCAGCCCGGGCAACCGGGCUAGAACAAAAACUUCAUUUAAAACAAAAAUAAAAGACAGAAACUGAUAUUUUUCUUGACAAACUUUUAUUUCUUCAAUUAAUCUUGCUGACAAAGUAGUUUUAAUCGAUUAAAUUUGCCAAUAAAGCACAAAUUCGACUUCCGUGAUAGACGUUACACUGUUAACUCGUAAACAAGUUUUUCCUGCCAAUUUUCGUCAGCAUGCAUAUCAGCCCGGCAAACGUCUCAUCCCGGCUAGCCGGGCUCAUGUAAACAGCCCCUUAAGUAUCAACUAUUUCUUAAGUAUCAACUAUUUGAGCCCUUAGUACAGUGCAUAUUGUGCACAAAGAGCACAAUCUUGUUAUUUUCCAAACAUUUCAACCUGCAAUCAGGUGGGCGUUAAAAUUAAACUUAAACGGGAAAUUAAAACCGAAACUACCAGAGUUCUUUUGCGUAUAAUUUUUCGGUGCUAGAAAAAGUAACAGAAGAACCGAAUGCAAUGCUCUAAUAAUGACCACAACGCUCUAAUAAUGACAUUUGUGUUGAACUAACAUUUGUGUUGACACAUGUCAUGAACUAACACAAUUUUCAGCCGUUUUUUUUGUAAAAUACACAGAGUUGUAGUAUACACUGAAAGUCAGGCAUACUUUGCUCAUAAGUCUGCAACCCCAUCUGCUUCUUACAUGUUACAAACUUAGUGGCAGGCUGUUUAUAUGGCCCCGCUUACCCCGCGGGAUUCAAUGAAGUGUGACGUAUUUUGAGUAAUCGAAAUAAGUGGCACUUCAUGAUCUAACAAAAUUGCUUGUUACAGAUUGUAUGAAAUUCCAUGUUUUAGACAAAAAAACAAAUGUUGAAUGCUACUGUAUAUCUUCUUCCACUACAUAACUUCUAGCGCGUUUCUAAUUUCGUUUAAACAAUAUUUAAGGUUAUCGAACUUUUGUUUAGGGCUGAAACACAUAUUUUCAAUUGCUCAAAAUAUGUCACACUUCAUUGAAUCCCCGGUAAGCGGGACCGUAUAAACAGCCCCUAAGACAAUGUUCAACAAAUUGUAUUGGUAAAAUACACAGAGUUGUAUUGUACAUACACUGCAGUGAAAGUCAGGCAUACUUUGCUUAUUGUAUAAACCAAUAGCAGGAAAAUUCAGGAAAGAUAGCACUGGUGGAAACUUUGCAAAAUAUUGGGGGGGGGGGGAGUUCCGAAGGCACGAGAUUUCUAGGGGGUAUGGGGGGAAAUUUUUAAAAUUUGGAUCCCUGAAACAGCAUUUGCAUCAUUGCAUUCUGAGAGCACAUUUUGUAAGAAAUUUCAGGUUUUCAAAACAUUAAUUUAAUGGUGCAUUUUGUUAUGAAUCAUAUGCUAAGCAUAAAAAACCGACUUUUCAGAGAAAAUAUUCUAGAUGAUUAAAUACAUAAUUUGUGAAUGGAAUUGCAAGGUGGUUUAACUCUUUCUCUCGGCAAGGCCCACGCAUCGUCAGCUUCUGGAAGCUAAUAAUAUAGACUAGCCUUACAUUUUCGCCAAACAUAACUUCUGCUCCUUUGGACGUACUGUGUCAUUUUUGUAAUAGUAUUGUUCGAAUCGCUAUCAUUUAGAGUGUCAUUUUCGAGCUUGUAACAAAUCUUCAAAUUUGCAUCUUCAUCACGGUAUUUCCAUUUCUUGUUCGAAUGAGUUAAUCACAACCGGAAAUACAAUUUCAAAACGUCAAAACAAUGCGACGUUUCUAUCGUAUGUCUCUGGAAAUGCCAGAAAUCAAUUCUGAAGGUAAAAGUACACCUAUACGCGUGAUUUUUGACGUUUUCCGGCUACGGGAGCUCCUUAUUGGCACGAUCCAUAUAACAUUACAGGCUUGAUCAUCAAGUUGUAAAACAAGUUACGUUCAUUUGUUGGUAGAUUUCGUUUAAAGUACUGUGUUAUACCCAAAUGUAAUGCCAGUGUGAGUUCAAUCAACUCAUUUUCCUUCAAGUAACCAUAGAGAGCUUGAUGUAUAUGUUUCUCAAAUACUUUUGAACAGCAACGGUAGUAUCGAAAUUGGUCGGUAGUUAUUUUUGUCGCUUUACUUCCGUGACCUUUAUAGAUUGGUGUAACUUUUGUGUAACGCCAGACGAUUUUACUUGUUAGUGGCAGAGUACUGUCAGUAAAUACUGACAGUACUCUGCCACUAACAAGUAAAAUCGUCUGGCGUUACACAGUGUAAAUUAGUCUGGCGUUAGCCAGAUUUAACACUAAAGUAGUGUGCAUUGGCAGCUAAUAGGUUAAUAGACCUUAAUAUCCACUUUUGACCCAAUGGCUUCAUUUUCAUGUUGGCUAUUUACUCGUAUUCCGUGCGCACAAUUUAAGAAUGAGUUUGUGAACGGGCUUAAAUGAUGAACGAGAAACAAAUUUGUGCAAGAAACAUUGGGGAUAUAACCGAGAAUUGUCUAGAAGUAUAAAUAUUUGCAUUCAGUUCAUAUGCCAAAAAGGCAGCCCUUUCCUUGCGAUAGUAACUCCUAGUUAUAGAUUUGCACCAUUACAUCUCCCGAAAAGGUCUUUUAUUUUUUUAAAAAGUCCAUAAAAUUUGCUUGCGGUUUAAGAUUUGUUAUCCUGCCUUUUGCACCAUAGCGUAUGUCGUUAUUUUCAGGCCAGUGUGAACGCCUGAGCAGGCGUCUUGUUAUAUAUAACCUACAUAUAAAUAUUGGGACAUGCAAUACUUUCCAAUUACUAAUUGCUGCAUAGUGCACAAUUGCGACAGUUUUCAGUCAUAAGUAAAUCUAUAUUAAUUUUCCUAAUUUUUGACUUAAAAAUCUCUAAUGUUGCACUGCUUUUUACCCCUGCAUCUAACUUACUCCAUAGUUUAGCACCGAGGUAUCUUAGCGAGUUCUUCCCAUAAGUUACAGUGUUGAAUCCUGGAAUACUUAUAUAACGAGUAUUUUUACUAGUGAAGAGGUCUGAUAUAUGUUGCGGGCAAAGAUUGUGUUUUGCCUUGUACACUAGGAUUGCUAUAUCCUGCAAUCUCCUAUUUUGCAGGCUUAGUAUAGAUUAGCUUUACUCAGUAGCUCUUCAUAACCAGUCACUUUAUCAUUAAACACUGCCCUUAAUGCUCUUUCGUGAACCCGUUCUAAUUUCCUUUUGUCACUAGCACAGCAAAAAUGCCAGACAGUGUGACUAUAAGUGAGAUAUGGUAAAAUAGCAGCUUUAUAUAACUGCAACUUCGCUCUUGUUGCAUGGUAUCAUGUUCUUCAUUCUCACGAGGACUCCUACUCGCUGGCUGGCUUUCGUACAUACGUUACUAACAUGUUCAUUAAACUUUAGUCUAUUGUCAAUAUCUACUCUAAACAAUCUAAUACAGUCACUAGAUUCAAAUGUGAUCCCAUUUGAUUCAACUUCAAUGCUUUCUCCUUUUUUCCUAAAUGUCAUUAUUCGGUAUUUACCAAAGUUACCCUCUAAAAGGUUUUCUCUGUACCACUCCGACGCCAAAACUGCACUUUCUUUCAGUUUUAAUCGAACAUUUUCCAAAUUAAUCCCACUUAGACCUCACUGUAUGUGUUACACUGCUACUGGUAUUAAAUGCCUGCUAUCAUUUAAUGACUUUGAGAAAGUACUGUGUUGUAACUGCCCCCCAAUGUGAUGCGAGCCACUGCUUUUCAAUCCAUGUUUUACACAGUGAGCUCCAUGCAUGAUUGCGAUAAUUUAAGUCCAUUGCCAGUUCCUUUCCAUUGUUUUUCUCUGCGCGGUUAACACAAGGCUGGAACGAGUGUGCCAAAACUUUGUGGUUUCACUUUUAUGAUUUUAUAAAAAAAAGUUGAUCAGUGGUACACAUGCUGUUGAAAAACUGGCGUCCUGCAUGAAUUAGCUUGCAACGACUUUCCGCCUUCUGAACUUCACUCUAAUUGAUAGGUUAUUGAAGUUCUUACUCUAUUUAUAUAUAGACCUCACUGGUGUUACUGAUAGAAUAUUUGAACCCGCUCAAUCCAACGUAAAUGCCUGCACUCAAAUUUAUUUUUUGCCUCCAACAAUGGACAUGCAAAAUAUCAUAUAACCGUAAAUGGUUGAUAAACUCCUCAGGUUCCAAUGAUCCAGUCUGAGUAUUUUUAGUUCCAAGCAGGUUGCGGCCGGAAGCUGAAUUGGCUCUGGCGACUCUUAAUUUCAUUUUUGACUUAAUAUAUUUGUCAUUUUGAUUAAUCAUUAAUUUGAUGCCUGGUUAUUUAAUGUUGAAUAGACUGUCAUCAUUAUAUUUGCUCUUUGAUUAUUAGGCCCAUUCACUGAAGUGGUUUCAUCGACAAUAAAUCUUCACAAUCCAACUGACAAGAAAGUAUGUUUUAAAGUCAAAACUACAGCACCGAAAAAGUAUUGUGUGCGUCCAAACAGUGGUAUCGUGGAACCUCAGGAUACAGUUUCUGUAGCCGGUAUGUUGUCCAUGAAAGUAUAUUAAUUGCUAUUUAUUCAUUUGAGAGUUUUGUUCAUACACUGUGUAUAAUUUGCUCCUAUAUUAUUAUUGUAAACGGAGAGUUUUGUUCAUAUACACUGUGUAUAAUUUAAGUAAAUUUAUUACUGCAAAGCUUUCGAUCCGUAAGCCCGGAUCUUCAUUAGUGCUAAUAAUAUGUGCUAAUAAUAUACAUAUUAUUAGCACUGAUGAAGAUCCGGGCUUACGGAUCGAAAGCUUUGCAGGAAUAAAUUUAUGUGGUGGUUCCACAAACACACUCUAUAUAGGACCACUCUAGCUAUCUGAAUGAGACAGAAAAGUUAUCUAUACAUCAAAGCGGCAAUCGGAAAAAUCAUUCUACUGAAACUUUGCAAGUCUUUUGACAAUUUAUUGCAUGGGAGUUCCGUCAUGCCAUGUUGAUUUAGUUUUCUGUUGAAAGAAAGUUAAAAACGUCUGGUGUUGUAACUUUUUGAAUUUGAAAACGUGAGUUACAGGGUGGUGUUAAAUAUGAAUUAGGUGGUCUUAAACUUAUAUAUAUAUAUAUAUAUAUAUAUAUAUAUAUAUAUAUAUAUAUAUAUAUAUAUAUAUAUAUAUAUAUAUAUAUAUAUAUAUAUAUAUAUAUCGUUCGAGGAAGUUGAGGAUUUAGAUGUUGAAAACAGGAAGAAAUGACACAAUUAGAUUUUUGGAUCGGAAAGUUUGUUCAAGAAUUUGCGAACGAUAAAGGUGAACGUUACCAAGUGGUUACUGGUCUGAAAAGGCACCUUUCACCAUGUAUGUAGUUUGAUCGUGUGACUUAAAUAAAACCCUAUGAUUGCAUGGCUAAUUUAUUUAAUAUGAAAUUUUAAUGAGUUUGAGAUUGUUAGUGUUAGUCGAUAAUUCAUUGAUGCAGGCUUUGGAUGAUGCAAUCUGGCAGCUGGUUCAUGUAGGUUUUAUGUCCUCCUAGAAAAUGCAAAGAGCACACUGUAUAUAGGACCACUCUAGCUAUCUGAAUGAGACAGAAAAGUUAUCUUUAUAUCAAAGCGGCAAUCGGAAAAAUCAUUGUACUGAAACUUUGCAAAUAUUUACUUUGGACCGCAUUAGUCAAGCUAUAGAUAACAAAUGCGUAACGGCAGUAAUCCUACUAGAUUUAAGCAAGGCGUUCGAUAGUAUUGGUCAUUAUACGCUCCUGACGAAGCUUGAAACCCUGUGAGUAAGUCCUUCAGCUAUUAAUUGGUUCAGGAGCUACCUUACUGAUCGAUAUCAAUUCGUUCGGAUAGGGGAGUGUCUAUCAGAGUCAAAAAGAAUUACCCAUGGCGUACCGCAGGGAUUCAUAUUAGGUCCUCUGCUUUUUAACCUGUACAUUAAUGAAAUCAGUAACAUCUGCUCCAACUGUGAUAUUGUAUCAUAUGUAGAUGAUUCCAGACUGAGCUUGUCUUUUGCAAUCAAAGACCUAAGUGAGUCCAUGGGAAAGCUGGACGCCGAUUUAAAAAUCGUUGCUGCCUGGUGUUGUCCUAAUAAUCUACUGAUAAAUCCAGACAAAAUUUAAUUUUUGUUGUUUGGUUCCAGACAAGCUCUGUUGGAGAUUAACAAUAUAUAAAUAUAUAGACAGUAUUCACAGUUUAGAAGCCGGAAAUGCGGCAUGCGCCAACACUUCCGGUGAAACGAACACAUGUUGUAAAAACAUUAGUGAUGAGAGCGAGCGUGCGAAUGGAGAUUGUUAUAUAGGGCGAGAUAUUAAACUAGUAAAAAAGGAAAGAGAUUGUUAACUAAACCUGUGUUUAUAAAACUGUGAAUUGUCGUAAACACAACAGGAGGCAAUUUACGACACCUGGCACCUCCCAACGGGAUUGUAACUAGAGAUUUAGCUCGAGCAAGAGCAAGGGAAUUCCGAAUAUAAUGGCAUUAAAACAACAACUCGACGAAAUUGAUGGCAAGUUACGUUUACUCAAUUUUACGACCAAGAAAACCGAUGAUAUACUUAAAACAAACGAUGAAGAAGUCGCUAUUCGACAAAAGGGUCAAAUAACAAAGAUUAUUUUGGCUAUAAGUGACCUGAAACAACUAAUCGAAGAAAAGAAAUUUAUCGAAGGCGACUCCGAAGAGAAUGUCGCAGCAUGGGGGGAAUCAAUCGAGGAAAAUAUAGCUUUGGCCGACGAGAAAGUGAAGCAGUUAAACGAGUAUAUUCAGCGCCUUAAAGCAGACGAACGCCAGAAAGAAAGCGCCCUGGAAAACGAAAAUAAACGACUAUUAGACGAAGAAAAUUAUACGAGACAACAAGCCUUCGAGAAACACGAAAGAGAUAAACAACUUGCCUUCGAACAGGAACUUUUCAAUCAAAAAUUACAGUAUCAAAAGGAAAUUAAAGAAGUUCAAGCAGGGAAAAACUCAUCUACAAAGCUACCAAAGCUU